AGGAGCAGAAAUCUAUUAGGUUGUUGGCUUCCAUGCCUGAUGCAUGACAAGGUUAGAAAUCAGAAAAAAUGGGUGACUGGAGUUUCCUGGGAAGACUAUUAGAAAAUGCACAAGAACACUCCACAGUCAUUGGAAAGGUCUGGUUGACUGUGUUGUUCAUCUUCCGGAUCCUGGUAUUAGGAGCAGCAGCAGAAGAAGUGUGGGGGGAUGAGCAGUCGGACUUUACUUGUAACACCCAGCAACCAGGUUGUGAGAAUGUCUGCUAUGAUAAAGCUUUCCCCAUAUCCCAUAUUAGAUUCUGGGUGCUCCAGAUUAUCUUUGUGUCCACCCCCACACUCAUUUAUUUGGGCCAUGUUCUACACAUUGUGCGGAUGGAAGAAAAGAAAAAAGAGAAAGAGGAGCAUCUAAAGAAGUGUAUUAAAGGUAAUGAGGAGAAGGAACUUCUCCUCAAGAAGGGAGUUGAGAAGAAAGAAAAACCCCCUAUCAGAGAUGAAAGGGGGAAAAUUAGAAUAGGAGGUGCCCUUCUUCGCACCUAUGUCUUCAAUAUUAUUUUCAAGACUCUGUUUGAGAUUGGCUUUAUUGUAGGACAGUACUUCCUGUAUGGUUUUGAGCUAAAACCUCUUUAUCGUUGCAACCGUUGGCCUUGCCCCAACACUGUGGACUGCUUCAUUUCCAGGCCGACGGAAAAGACCAUUUUCAUCAUAUUUAUGCUUGUAGUGGCUUGCGUGUCUCUUUUGCUUAACAUGUUAGAGAUAUAUCACUUGGGGUGGAAGAAACUCAAGCAAGGUAUGACUAACCGAUAUGUCCCAGAUCCUUCUUGCAAUAAAGCAGAUCCUUCUAACCCACUCCCGCGAACUGUCCCGCCAUGCAUGGCUUUUCCGCCAUAUUAUACUGAUGCAGCUUCUGCCCCUCCAACUGUGCAACAUGUAUAUGCUAGAUCUCCACUUUCCGAUUUCAAAAUGGCAUCACUUGCAGAAGAGGCUAUCGAUCCAUCCUAUUUCAGUGGCCAUCUUGACCACCAUGCAUCGGCCAAUGAGCAGAACUGGGUCAACCUGACAGUGGAGCGGGAAAGAAAGCCUGGAUCAAGCAGUGCCAGUGCGUGCAGUGCAACUACUUCUGCUCCAAGCAGUGUGAGAAAUGAGGGAGGAAGCGAUGAGGUGGUUGGACCAGUGGUUGAGAGAAGUGCAAGCAACACAAGAUCAGAAGUUGAUGAAAAACCAGCCACUACCACUGUAGAAAUGCACCAGCCUCCAGUGUUGAUAGACACAAGAAGGCUAAGCAGAGCUAGCAAGUCCAGCAGUAGCAGAGCUAGGUCAGAUGACUUAGCUGUGUAGAAAUUAAGCUAGGAAAAAGCAGAGAGCCUAUGAUGUCAGCAGAAAAAACGUCUGGGUACACAUAAAAAAAUAACCAAAAAAAAUAAAUCAAAAGCUUAUUUUGCUAGCCUAUUGAGUAGCAGUGGUGUCUGUUUUGUCACCUCUGUCAUUUAAUGGAUUUAAGCAAAUUAUUACAAAAUAACAUAAAAAAGAAGGAUGUGACAAGAAAGAACUUAUGUCAAAAUUCAAGUUUGCUGUUAUUGCACACUGUGAGUUGUAGAUAGCACUUUGUCAUUUUUGAAUGAAUUUUUUGUUUAAGUAUGUAGCUUAUACUUUGACAUCUACACAGUACCAAAAAUACAAAAGAACCACACUAUAACUUCCACAAAUCUAUGUAGAGAAAGUGAAGGACUGGUAACUUAACCCUGAUAGUGGUAGGCACUAAAAGGGCAUCCGAUCCGUUGCUGUGCUUUGCCAUUAUUAUAUUCUGUUUUUUAUACUUGUCUCUACUAUGGCAUUUUAAAGCACAGCAUUACUGUUUUACUACUGAUGUCAUUUGUAAACUGCACUGUAAUUUACAUGUACACAAAACUGAUCAAAACUGCUUAAUAGGACAGCUAGACUUGUUGCUUAUACCAACCAAUCACAGCACAGCUUUAAUUUUUCCACAGAAGUUUAAAAAUUAAAGCUGAGCUUUGAUUGGUUAGAGAUCUGAAAAUGUUUA